GCACGGCGGCUCGGGGGGCCGGGCCCCCAGUCCGUAGGUGUGCCGCGGGCCACCAUGUCCUUCCCCCAGCUCGGAUACCAGUACAUCCGCCCGCUCUACCCACCCGAGCGCCCGGGAGCCGCGGGCGGCGGCGGAGGCGGCGGUAGCGCCGGGGGCCGGAGCGGUCCCGGCGCCGGAGCCUCCGAGUUGGCCGCCUCGGGGUCCCUAUCCAAUGUGCUUUCGUCCGUGUACGGGGCACCCUACGCCGCCGCCGCUGCUGCCGCCGCCGCCGCCCAGGGUUACGGCGCCUUCCUGCCCUACGCCACGGAGCUGCCCAUCUUCCCACAGCUGGGCGCUCAGUAUGAGCUGAAGGACAGCCCUGGGGUCCAGCAUCCGGCCACGGCCGCCGCGUUCCCGCACCCGCACCCCGCCUUCUACCCCUACGGCCAGUACCAAUUCGGGGACCCGUCCCGUCCCAAGAACGCCACCCGGGAAAGCACGAGCACUCUCAAGGCCUGGCUCAACGAGCACCGCAAGAACCCGUACCCCACCAAGGGCGAGAAGAUCAUGCUGGCCAUCAUCACCAAGAUGACCCUCACCCAGGUGUCCACCUGGUUCGCUAACGCGCGCCGGCGUCUCAAGAAGGAGAACAAGAUGACGUGGGCUCCCCGCAGUCGCACGGACGAGGAGGGCAAUGCUUAUGGGAGCGAGCGGGAGGAGGAGGACGAAGAGGAAGACGAGGAAGAGGGCAAACGCGAGCUGGAGAUGGAGGAGGAGGAGCUCGCAGGAGAGGAGGACACUGGGGGCGAGGGCCUGGCCGACGACGACGAGGACGAGGAGAUCGAUUUGGAAAACUUAGACAGCGCGGCAGCCGGAUCGGAACUGACCCUGGCUGGGGCGACACACAGGAACGGCGACUUCGGCCUGGGACCCAUUUCGGACUGCAAAAAUAGCGACUCGGACGACAGCUCUGAAGGCUUGGAGGAGCGACCACUGUCGGUCCUGAGCCUGGCCCCAGCGCCACCGCCCGUGGCCAGGGCUCCUGCAUCUCCACCUUCUCCACCCUCCAGCCUGGAUCCCUGCGCUCCGGCACCGGCGCCCUCCUCCGCCCUCCAGAAGCCCAAGAUCUGGUCACUGGCCGAGACGGCCACCAGCCCGGACAACCCACGUCGCUCGCCUCCCGGAGCCGGAGGUUCUCCUCCCGGGGCAGCCGUUGCGCCCCCGACGCUGCAGCUCUCGCCCGCGGCCGCCGUAGCGGCUGCAGCGGCACACAGACUCGUGUCGGCGCCGCUUGGCAAAUUCCCCGCUUGGACCAACAGACCUUUCCCAGGCCCGCCGGCCGGUCCCCGGCCGCACCCGCUGUCCAUGCUGGGUUCGGCCCCACAGCACCUGCUGGGACUUCCCGGAGCCGCAGGCCACCCCGCUGCGGCCACCACCGCCUAUGCUCGACCUGCGGAGCCGGAGAGUGGAACAGGUGACAAGAAAAAAAAUAUCGCUGUAGUGCCUUGGAAGUGGAGAAAAAGUUACUCAAGACAGCUUUCCAGCCGGUGCCAAGGCGGCCCCAGAACCACCUGGAUGCCGCGCUGGUCCUAUCAGCUCUCUCCUCGUCUUAACUUUUCAACAAUUUUUAAAUCGUUGUACUAAUUGUAAAAAAACAAAACCGCUCUGUAUAGUGACGAGCUGCAAGCAUGUCUGUGUAUGGUUACCUUAAAAGAAACACUAAACAACAACGA